AUGCUCCUGCCCCUGCACCAGCUCCGCAAGCGCUACGCGUGGGCGCCGUACCGUCAACUGCGUCGCGGCGCUAUAGUCGGCCUCCUCGUCGCUCUCGCGCUCCUGUUCCUUUUCUUCUCCCGCUCGUCAUUGCCGCCGCCGUCUCCAGAGGUCGUCUCUUCCCCACCUGACGUCGACCCGACGCACUCUGUGGACGCGUUCGUGGCACCGGAAGACGUCAGAAGCGUCGAACGGAACGCAGAAGGAGUAGAAAACGAAGCAGACGAAACGAAAGAGGCCGUUCGGGACGCGAUAGCAGCGGUUGAAGCCGACGUGAGGGCGUCGGAGACUCUGACGAACGCGCCGCUGGGGCUGCGACUGCUGCUGCCGCUGGUCGCGGGCUUUUGCUUCGGGUUUUUAGGCUCUGUACCCAUUGCUGGACCCACGUCGGCGAUGGUACUGAAGUUGGGCAUUCAGGGCAAAUACGCGGCAGGUCUGACGAUCGCAGUGGGCGGCGCUAUCGCUGAAGCGACCUAUGCUGGUGUUGCGUUCUGGGGGUUUGGCAGCUUCUUGGCGGGUGCUAAGUUUCUACUUCCAGUGUCCAAAGUGCUUGGAGCGAUCAUGUUCACGCUGAUUGGGUUGGUGUUUCUGAAGGCAGACAUGACGCCGUCGCUCGACCCGGAUGUCGAGGCUUCUCACGGUAAAUCGACGCAACGACCACAGACAGAAGUUUUAAAAAACGUCCUGAUGGGACUUACAAUGUCCGGGAUCAAUCCAGCGCUGCUUGCGUCUUAUACUGGCGCGAUUGCAUCAGUGUAUGGCACCGGCAUGCUCGAGUUCACACUAUCCCUGGCCAUUGUGUUUGCUCUCGGCGUUUCUUGUGGUGUAUCGACAUGGUUUUACUUGCUACUCUCCCUUCUGAAAAAGUACAAGCAGCGCCUGAACAACCACACCAUCGACUCACUAAUGCGUGGCCUGGGCUGUUUUCUGCUCGCACUAGGCAUCUUGUGCGCAAAGUCAUCGGUGGAUUACUUUUUGUCGCCGCCACCAGACGCCAAGUAG